UCGGAAAUGGGGCUAGCCAAUAAUUCCCACGAAUAGGUGUGUUCACAGUAACCAAGAUGGUGUCCUGGAUUAUCUCUCGGAUGGUGGUCCUGGCCUUUGGGACCCUCUACCCCGCAUACUCGUCCUAUAAGGCAGUGAAGACGAAAAAUGUAAAGGAGUAUGUGAAGUGGAUGAUGUACUGGAUAGUAUUUGCAUUCUUUACCACUGCAGAGACCAUCACGGAUCUUGUCCUUUCUUGGUUCCCGUUUUACUUUGAGCUGAAGAUUGCCUUUGUGAUCUGGUUGCUGUCUCCGUACACAAAGGGCUCCAGCGUGCUCUACCGCAAGUUUGUGCAUCCCACACUCUCCAACAGGGAGAAGGAGAUAGAUGAGUACAUCACACAGGCAAAGGACCGCAGUUAUGAGACUAUGAUGCGUUUUGGAAAGAGAGGCCUGAAUCUCGCUGCUAAUGCAGCGGUCACAGCAGCUGCCAAGGGGCAGGGUGUGCUAUCAGAGAAACUACGAAGUUUCAGCAUGCAGGAUUUGACACUGAUCGGCGAUGAGGAGGAGCUGCACCUGCGCGGGGCAGAGCUGCACCUGCGUGGGACCGUGCCUAACCUGCUGGACUCUACAGAGGACAUACAUGCAGGCGUGAACACAACAUGUAUCAAAACUGGAACACGCUCAGCUCGUGUGGUAUCCACAGCUGCAGACAAUGAUUCACAGCACAGCCCCAGGACAGAUGGCGACCAAUCGGAUGGCAAGACUGAGCACUCUGAUGAAGACUUCGGUGAAAAGGUUUUGAAACGCACUUCGAGCGUCAAGGCAGUGAAGAAGCCUGCAUCUGCUAAGACAGAGACUACAAAGACGCUAAAGAAACAGCCAAAGAAGAAGAGCACUGUUGUGUCCAAUAAUAAUGCUGAGUUACCCUGAGUCACACUGGGAAUGAUCCCAGGCCCUCCA